CGCGCCUUCGUAUGAGCCGUGUGUCGCUGCCGGUCUCCCCCCGCGCCCCGCGCCAGCUGAAUCGCCCGCAUUCUAGUUGUGGGUGUCGCUCUGUGCAGUCAUCGCGUGUGCCGCCGAACUCAGUGCGCCGUUUGUGAGUGCUUUAGUUCCCGCUCGAGUGUCAGUGUGACGGAGAACCCGAUACCCCGCCGCGGAGGAUGUUAACAGCGCACGGUAGCAGCUGUUGACGUCCGCAGUAGCCUAUAGGCCACAUUCGUUCUAGCCCCAGCUCCUCUCACCCCCUCCAAGAUUGCUGCCACUAUGGGUCGGAAGAAAAUACAAAUAUCCCGGAUCACGGACGAGCGGAAUCGGCAGGUUACGUUCAACAAGCGUAAAUUCGGAGUGAUGAAGAAAGCUUAUGAACUGAGCGUGCUCUGUGACUGUGAGAUCGCCCUCAUCAUCUUCAGCUCCAACAACAAACUCUACCAAUAUGCCAGCACGGAUAUGGACAAGGUUCUUUUAAAAUACACGGAGUACAACGAGCCGCACGAGUCGCUGACCAACCGCAACAUCAUCGAGGCCCUAACGAAGAAAGAGCAUAAGAACGGAGUGAUGUCACCGGACAGCCCCGAAGCGGAGCCGGAAUACAACCUGACGCCGCGAACCGAGGCCAAGUACUCGAAGAUCGAUGAGGAGUUCCAAAUGAUGAUGCAGAGAAACCAAUUGAACGGCAGCCGAGUUGGAGUUGGAGUGACGGGCAGCAACUACAACCUGCCAGUUAGCGUCCCAGUCGGAAGUUAUGAUCAAUCACUGUUACAAGCUAGUCCACAAAUGCAUACCUCUAUCAGCCCACGACCUUCAUCCUCGGAAACCGAUUCAGUAUACCCCGGCGGCGGAAUGCUCGAGAUGUCAAACGGAUACCCAGGCUCAGGAUCCCCGUUGGGGGCGGCUUGCACCCCGUCCCCGUCCCCGGGGCCCGCUCCGUCCCCCCACCGGCACCCCCACAAGUCACAUGGACACGCACCGCCCCCGCAUCACUCGCCACGCCACAACAACCUGCGCGUCGUGCUGCCUAGCUCGAUGCCGCCACCUCAGGACGAUAUAUCUUACACUGGAGAAACACCGCUAAGCUACUCAGGAAUCGGCAACUUCGGACCACAGGACUUCAGCAUGUCAUCGGAUAUGGGCAUCGGACUAUCAUGGGGCGCGCACCAGCUGCAGACGUUACAGCACAACAGGUACAUUAGCAGCUUGCCAGUUCUCGGCGGAGGGGGCACCCCGCCGCCCGCGUCGUCGCCUAGCAACGUGAAGAUCAAAGCGGAGCCGGUGUCGCCGCCGCGUGCGCCGGAUCACAUGCACCGCGCGCCGCCGCCCGCGCCCGCGCCGCAGCCCGCGCAUCUAUCGGGUGUCAUUGACGGUAUGUGCGGUUCAGUGACGUCAAGUAACAUGGGCUCGCCGGCCGGGCAGGACAUGCGGCACUCCAACGUCCCUCUCGACUACGAGCAGCCCCACACAAAGCGGCAACGGAUCGAGGGUUGGGCCACAUAGCUAGGCUACGAGGCCUUCGGUCCCUACCCGAGGCCCCUCCACCCGCACUGCUGAAUCCGGCCAGAGCACAUCACUAUCGACCUCAAUCCGAACGGUCUCGAUGGUGCUCGCUCGAACAACACGGUCUGAAAGGUGCAUCAAACACGGUGCUCAAGGCACGGCACGUGUGAACUGUGACUAAACUUCACACACACGAACAAACUUGUGGAAAAUCUAAUCGUUGGUUACACUACCCUUCUAUUAUACGUAAUUAACCAUGUUAUUGUAUCUGCACAUGUGAAUACACUAUUAAAUGUUAAAUUAAGAUAGCUGCAACCCUUCUGACCUUUUGGAACCUCUGUAUAUAGAUCAUUGUAUGUGCAAUCCGUGCCAUUGUCUGUUUAGCUUAAAGUUAGUCAAUUUAAAUUAGUGACUAUGGACUUAGCAGAAGUAUGCUCUACGGGAUCAGUGAACUCCGGCCGGACGGAGAAGUGCGCGAUGAACAAAUUCUAUGAAGUGUGAAGUGCGAUAUAUGACUUAAAAAAUAACUGUUGACUAUGUGUUAGUGUUUUAAAAAGAUUUUUUGUGCCAUUUUAAAAAUAUUAUAAUAGUGUGACAUCCGAACUUGAAUCUUGUAAAUUAGUAAGCGUAGUGUCAUCACAGAAGAUAAUAAAUCUAUGUAUUGUAAAAUCUACUUUAUCUAUUGACAUAUUUAUACAUGAAAAGCAUAUGAUAUUUACAUAAUAAUAUGUAUACACGUCCCGUUAAGAACGAAUGUUAUGUAUGUAAGUAGGUAAUGUUAGCUAGAGAUGACUAUUAUAAAGUACCACACGAAGCUUUAAAAUUUCUUAUGAUAACACUCGCACUCUAAGCAGUCUUAAGUAAAGAAACACAGAUAAUGUAUAAAAAAUUUAGAGAUCAUAAAAAAUAUUUUUCACUUAGUAUCUUUUGAUGGUAUAACAGUGAAGAAUACACAUUAUUUUCAAUAGACACUUAGACAUCACAUGUCUUAGCUUGUUAAAUCACUACGUAAUUCUAUAUAGUUGUAAUGUUCAGAAGGCACAUCAAUCAAUAGUGGUACAAUUUUGCAUAUCGUGUUUUACGUAGUUGAAAUUUUGGAAUGGUAUGAAAACUGAAACUUGUCGUAUACAAGUUUCACGUCUUCUUCAUUCGCUGUUGAUUGUAGUGCCCCUGAAAAUAAAGAACGUAUUUACAAUUUUGUUUCUCAUUAAAGUUUUAUCCUCUCAUUUGCAAACCAAAUUGUCGAGUCAAUUUAAAAUAUCAUAACAUGUAUUGUAUUUGUUAAGUCAGGUGUAUCUAGUUGCUAUAAUGGAUAUAAGAAGAUAAUGCUUGUUGUUAGUACAUUUUAUUAUUUUGUUAGUGUGAUCUGAAGAUUCUUGCAUUUUAUUUUCAAUUAGAGUAUACGUAUGUAGUUGAUAGUAACGAUGAACAAUAUGUAUUGUCUACAUAUGGAAUAAUAUCAGCUUUAAUGCACACUACAAAAAUAUAUUUAAAGACGUACCUAUUUUGGUAUAGCACUAUAUCACAAUCCGCCCUAUUUUUAGAUGAUGUUGUCUAAUGAUUUUGGAUUGUAGUGAUUUUGUAGUCUGUCACUUUUGACCCCAGUUCAUCCGUGUAGUCUGACCUGUCAUCUAUUUUGUAUUGUUUUGCAUUGUUAGUUUAGAUUUUGCUAGUCCAUAAUAGUCUCACUCCCCUCUACGUUUAGUUCCACUGUCCCUCAUAUCGUCUCACUGUAGAUGCCUUACUCACAGUGCCUAAAUGUACCAUUUUAUACCAAUUUGAUAUGAUAGCAGUUUUUGCUUUGGUAUACUUUCACUUCCUGAUAAUUUUAAGUCGUAAUAAAAAUGUUAAAUUGUUAUGACCGUAGAAUGUUGAUGUACUACCUACCUUAUUAAAUGUUUAAUGUAUUGAUGAUAUUUACCCACACUAUUGUAGACGAAUCUACGGUCAUACCGAUUCUAGAUUUGGCGCUAUACCUAUCACUUUUUGAGAACAGUAUAACUGUUUUAAAAAUAACUAUGUGAUUGUACUAUAUAAAUCUAAUAAUAAGAAUAAACAAAAUUUGCAACAUAGAAGUAAAAUCCAUUAGAUUAAUCCUUCAAAUCACAGUAACAAAAUGUUGAUGUAUGUUUGUUAAAAUUUGUACAGGGAAUUACCGUUUGAAGUUCAAAAGUCUGAACGAAUAAGAAAAUGUAUUUUCGCAUUGUAAAAUAAGUACACGAUUAGUUUGUAAAUGAAGUAAUAUUUUAAUACCGGAUCAUAAUGAAUGUUGACCCAUUUUAGGGACUAUGAAAUCAUGUAAGUACACCUUAAAUGUUAGCAUUGCCGCGGCUCUACAUUUGUAGGCUGCGGCGGUAUAUUGUUAAUGUGAUAUAAUUACAUACACUGUUGAAAAUCCUUGUAUUUUGAAAUUCUACUGUUGCGUUAUUCGAAAUAGUUUUCGGUCGUUCGUUCCUAAGCGUUCCUUUGGCGUCGUGUGCUUCGUUCUAGGACUUGCUCAAUCGUGUCUAUUUGACGUCGCUAAAAUUGCCGCGAUCUGUUAUUUACUGCUUCUAUUAAAAUUUACUUCGAAUGUUUACUAAAUUUCCGAUUUUUUGAAAUUUUAUCAAUAUAUUUUAAAGUUCAGCCUUUUAUUUACAAUGCAUACUUACAUUGUUGUUACCUAUAUACCUAUCACGAAUGCACUACUUGAUAAUCCGGUUAUUAUACGUACUAUAAUCUAAAAUAUUCGUAAUGAUUUGCACAAAAUCGAUCUAUGAUUGUGGCUCUAUGCGUACACAGCCUAUAAUGAAAAAUAGAUGGUACUUGAAGGAAUAUGUGGCAUUAUUUAAAUAGAAGCAUGAUAAGUGUUAUGCUUUAUCUUCGUCACAUGCACAUUAUUAUAUUGAAUUACCUUGUAUAAAAUAUAUCAACCGUAAGCUGGUAUUGGGAGCAUUAUUUCCGAGGUUGUGAGUAUUGCUAUCGGGAAUGAGUUCUAAUUAAUAAACUAUAUUAUUUAAACGCACAACCGUGUUGUGUGUGUUAUUGUAAAAAGAGUUUGCUUGGUUUGUUUUAGAUGUACCUACUUUUGUGUAUGUUUUACCCGUAUUUAAUUGCUGUGUUCCAAUAGCAAACGGUUAACAUUAUUCAGUUAAGUUAUUACCUUUAGGACGAGUAAUUCAUUGCAUUUAAUGGAAGUUUAUAGUCAUAAGUAAAACGUUCGAAAUCGGAUGAUUUCAUCACCGUAGAUAUUAUGUACCGCGACCUUCUCUUUGCUAUUGAUUCACAGCUUAAGAACAACCCAAAUAGAAUAGAAAUAUACAUAUCCUUAUUGAAUACUCAAGUCGAUUUCAUAUUAAUUUCUCGUAACAUCUGUUGUGCAAUACAUAAUAACAAAAUGCUUAGGUAGGUAUUAGGUAUAUUUUCGUUUGAUUUUUACGAGUAAUGCAAAAUCUGUUGUAUUUUAUCGAUAUUUUUACUGAUAAUGCAAGAGGUGCCAAUGUCAGGGUGCCUCUUGGGAAUUAAGUCAUAAUGUAUAAUUAUUUUUAAGAUAAGGCCGGGCCAAAUAUUGCAUUAACUUAGGUCUUACGGCGCCUGUGUUUCUGUGUCGGGCAGAGUUGAUGCCCAGUGUAUAAUAUUAUGUACGAUGGAUGGAACAUCUCAGUGGCUGAAUGAAAUAUUAAUGUUUAUCGACAGUGUUAGAAAAAUUGUUAUAAAUUAUUUUGAUGACUGUUCGAAGGAUAAUAAAGAGUUGGAUGUCA